GUAUAUAUAAUAAACAAGAGCGAAUGGAUGCUGCUAAUUUUUCAAAUGUGUCUAUCCUCAUUUUUACACUUCGCUUAUGAUAACAGGAAAGAUCAUGUAAAAAGGGAGCUCCUCUCUCAAAGACGAUGGCCAGACAAGUGGGGGUUUCUAGCGAAUGAAUAUCGGCAGUUACAGCUAGAGACAUUAAGGAUUGGUCAAGAUAAACUUGAUAUAGAUGAAGGGCGAAAACAAGUCAGCUUGCCCAUAACUGGAGACAGUGAGGAAAACUCUGCGACUGAGCCCCAGACCUCGUCUGACGUAGCCAGCACCGAUAAGAUGUCUUUUCCAGAGACUUCUUCACAAAUGAUUGGAUGGAAAAGCGAGGUCCUGCAAAGAAAAGAAGUUGAACGCAACGCCCGUGGAAAACAGGACAUAGUGAAAUUAUUCAAAUGGCCGCGCGAAGGUGUUUAAGCAAAAAACGAAACGAGAUAGAUGUGUUUAAAAUGUACGAGCGAAACGAAGAAUAAACCGCUUUAAAUCUGAAUCUUUGUCUGCUUACUGACUGACAGACCUGACUUUCUCUUUAGUUUUAGUUUCGAUUGAGAUCAAGACGAUAUACCUAAAAGUCAAGACUCGACAUUAGUCAAAAAUACUUCGCUAUGCGUCGUAUUUUCAACUCUCU